AUGCGCGGAUGCAACCGAGGGGGGAACCACGCAUUUUAUGCGAUCAACAAAGCUCCGGAUCCAAGCAACGCAUCGCACGCUAGCUUCGCAUGGCUUGACGCUAGGGGCAAGGCGGGGCAGGAAAACCGGGGUAAAAGCUCAGCAAUUACCCGAAUGCAACAGGCUGCAAGCGGUCGCUCAGAUGAGGGGGAAGAUCCGAGCCCCAGGGUCCAUCCACAGUUCCAAUCAGAUGACUAUAUGUACAAGGCCGAGCAAAACUCCGGUGGAGAGGAUCUGGUGAUGAGGUAUGCGGGAUUUGUCCAGCACACCGAAGGCUGGCAGACUGUCAGAGUUGAUGCCUCUCAAGUCGACCGUUCCGAUGGUUGUUCCGGUUGUCGCCUCAUCCCUCAGGCACUCAACAAUGCAUAG